GUGCCCUGAUGCCUUUACAUAGGGGAUCCCCUCCUUCAGCCCAACUUCAGACACAGCAUGUACAGUGGCCACACAGGUAGGCACUGUCCCCUGAUGGGUGAUUGAAGAGCAAAUGGGAGGGAAUUUGAGGAAAUCAGAAUUUUGCCUCCGGCUCUAUGGGAACGUUUCUCUGGUAUUUAUGGUCUUUAUAUCUGUCUUUACUCUUAAUCUGUAGUGUACCUUCAGGGAAUUUUAUUUCCCUCAUUCAAAUUGCACAAAUUGAAAGCACUCUGAUAGAAGCUGGGUGGAAAGUAUUUUCAAAGCAUAUGAGACCAUUGCAGGAACCCCUGGGGAAUUGAACUGUUUGUAUAAUUUGAAUCUGUAGUUCCAAGUCUUCCCAGUUCUGGAGUUAUUUAGAUUUUGGGGGGUGGGGCGAAGUAGCAAUUUAAAGAUUAAAUGUUUCUUACUAAUAUUUCUGACAAUGGUAAAGAUUCUAAAACAAGACAUUGAUGAGCGUAGAGUCUACAGAGAGCCAUGCUUUGUUUCUUGUGAAUGUGCCUCAGAAAUCAGAACCGGAAGGAUGCGAAUAAUAAACCCCUACACCAACUCAUUUGCUCCACACAGAAGUGCACCGAGGGCUGGAGAUUCAGUGAAAACAUGAGUUUCCCAGAGUUGCACAGUUAGUGACAAGCUGUGUACGCCAUGGAAAUUAAUGUGGAGAAAGACAAACAAACAGGAGAGACCAAGAUUCUCUCUGCAUCUACCAUUGGCCCAGAGGGGGUCCAUCAGAGAGGAGUCAAAGUCUAUGAUGAUGGUACCAAAGUAGUGUAUGAGGUGCACUCGGGAGGCACCGUGGUAGAAAACGGAGUGCACAAAUUAAGCGCAAAGGAUGUGGAAGAGCUUAUUCAGAAGGCUGGACAAUCAAGCUUGAGAGGAGACCACAUGUCAGAAAGGACUGUGAUUGCGGACGGAAGCCUCAGCCACCCCAAGGAACACAUGCUCUGCAAAGAAGCCAAGUUAGAAAUGGUCCAUAAAUCUAGGAAAGAUCACUCUCCUGGGAACCCAGGGCAGCAGACCCAAGCCCCCAGCACGGAAGGGCCAGAAGCAAGCUUGGAUCAGCCCGUCACCAUGAUUUUUAUGGGCUACCAAAAUAUCGAAGACGAAGAGGAGACGAAAAAGGUGCUAGGCUACGAUGAAACCAUCAAGGCUGAGUUGGUCCUCAUCGAUGAAGACGAUGAGAAGUCAUUGAGAGAGAAGACAGUGACGGAUGUGUCCACCAUUGAUGGGAAUGCAGCCGAGCUUGUGUCCGGGAGGCCGGUCUCAGAUACCACAGAACCCUCGUCCCCAGAAGGGAAGGAAGAGAGCCUGGCCACAGAGCCAGCCCCAGGGGUCGGAUGGCGAAGUGUGCUGCUAACAGGAGAUGAGACAGGCUCAGGUGCCCCAGAAACAUCCAGCCCAGACAUGACUCUGAAGAAGCCCCCGCAGCUUUCUGAGGAUGAUAUCCAGCUGAAAACCGAGAGAGACAGCUGUCGUGCCAAUCUCUUGGAGCCUGCUCCUAGACCUCUUCCCUCAGAUCACCAAAACAUGGAAAUUGAGGUGUCUGUUACAGAAUGUAAAAGCGUUCCUGGAAUCACCUCCACCCCCCAUUCCAUAGACCACCCCUCCCCAUUCUAUUCACCCCCUCACAAUGGCCUCCUCUCUGAUCACCAUGAGUCCCUGGAUAAUGAUGUGGCCAGAGAGAUCCGAUAUCUAGAUGAGGUGCUGGAGGCCAACUGCUGUGAUUCUUCGGUGGAUGGAACUUACAACGGGACAUCCUCCCCAGAGCCUGGUGCGGCCACCCUGGUGGGCAGCCUGAGCCCACCAGCCCACCCAGCCACCCAGCCGGAACCUGCCGAAGGAGCCGCGGGCAGGCAGGCCCCCCCGCACAUUGAGCUCAGCACAAGCCCCUCUGACACCAUGGCCGAGAGGGCAAGAGUGAAUGGCCAUCCCCCCGACCAGCCGCGGGACACGCUAGGGGACAGUCUGCAGGCCCCUGCGAGCCCCAGCUCCUCCACCAGCUCCCGCGGUUCUUCCCGAGACGGGGAGUUCACGCUCACCACCCUGAAGAAGGAGGCCAAGUUUGAGCUGCGCGCCUUCCACGAAGACAAGAAGCCCUCCAAGCUCUUCGAGGAGGACGAGCGUGAGAAGGAGCAGUUCUGUGUGAGGAAGGUGAGGCCCUCGGAGGAGAUGCUGGAGCUGGAGAAGGAGAGGAGAGAGCUCAUCCGGAGUCAGGCGGUGAAGAAGAAUCCCGGCAUCGCUGCCAAGUGGUGGAAUCCCCCGCAGGAGAAGACCAUCGAGGAACAGCUGGACGAGGAACACCUGGAGUCGCACAAAAAGUACAAGGAGCGCAAGGAGAGGAGGGCCCAGCAGGAGCAGCAGCAGCCCCCUCCAGAGCUCUGCACAGCCCCUGCUUCCACUCAAGAACGCCCAGGCGGGACUGAAAAGGAGGACAUUGUCACAGAACAGAUUGACUUCUCUGCCGCUCGCAAACAGUUCCAGCUGAUGGAGAAUUCCAGGCAGACGGGGGCCAAGGGCCAGAGUACACCCCGGCUGUUCUCCAUCAAGCCUUUCUACAGGCCUCUGGGGUCCCUCCACUCUGACAAACCCCCGACCAUCCUGAGACCGGCUUCUAUUGGGGUGGCUCCAGAGGACAGUGGCGUGUCUGCAGCCCAGGGGCAGAAAGCCCCCGGUGCGCUGGAGAGCCAGUCGGCGGGAGGAGGCCCUGGCAGCACCGCCCCUCAGGGAAAGGAAGGGCCCUACAGCGAGCCCUCCAAACGCGGGCCCUUAUCUAAACUGUGGGCCGAGGACAGUGAGUUUACCAGCGCCCGGGCCGUCCUCACCGUGGUCAAGGAUGAUGAGCACGGCAUUUUGGAUCAGUUCUCGAGAUCGGUCAAUGUCUCUUUGACCCAAGAGGAGCUUGACUCAGGUUUGGAUGAGCUGUCGGUGAGAUCCCAGGACACCACGGUCCUGGAGACCUUGUCCAACGACUUCAGCAUGGACAACAUCAGUGACAGUGGGGCGUCCAACGAGACAACCAAUGCCCUCCAGGAAAACUCCCUGGCUGACUUCUCUCUGCCUCAGACUCCACAGACAGACAAUCCCUCUGAGGGCCGAGAGGGCGUCUCCAAGUCAUUUAGCGAUCACGGUUUCUAUUCCCCGUCCUCCACACUGGGGGACUCCCCGUCGGUGGAUGAGUCCUUGGAAUAUCAGGCUGGUCUCCUGGUGCAGAAUGCCAUUCAACAAGCCAUAGCCGAGCAGGUGGAUAAGGCCGCGCCCCAGGCCAGCAAGCCCGGAGCAGAGCAGGGGAGUCCUGACACAGCCCUCGAGGGAGCUGAAACCGGAGCUGCUGGCCCCGAGAAGCCCCAGAGCAUGUUUGAGCCACCUCAAGUGUCCUCUCCUGUUCAAGAGAAAAGGGAUGUAUUACCAAAGAUUCUGCCUUCAGAGGACAGGGCUCUCAGGGAAAGGGGGCCCUCCCAGCUACCACCAACCGUGCAGCCCAGUGGCCCAGUCAACAUGGAGGAGACCAGGCCCGAGGGGGGCUAUUUCAGCAAGUACUCGGAGGCUGCCGAGCUGAGAAGCACAGCCUCCCUCCUGGCCACUCAAGAAUCCGACGUGAUGGUUGGGCCCUUCAAGUUGAGGUCAAGGAAGCAGCGGACGUUGUCCAUGAUCGAAGAAGAGAUCCGAGCAGCCCAGGAGAGGGAGGAGGAGCUGAAGCGGCAGAGACAAGUCUUGCAGAGCGCACCGAGCCCCAGGACCAGGAACGCCCCGUCGCUGCCCUCCCGAACCACGUCCGGCUACAAAACCGCCCCAGGGAAAAUAGAGAAAGUCAAACCUCCUCCAUCCCCCACAACCGAAGGCCCCAGCUUGCAGCCUGACUUAGCCCCCGAAGAGGCUGCCGGAACCCAGCGGCCCAAGAACCUGAUGCAGACCCUCAUGGAAGACUAUGAGACACACAAAUCUAAAAGGCGCGAGAGAAUGGAUGAUAGUAGUUACACCUCUAAGUUACUGUCUUGCAAGGUGACCUCUGAGGUCCUUGAGGCCACACGGGUUAAUCGAAGGAAGAGCGCACUGGCCUUGCGCUGGGAGGCGGGGAUCUACGCCAACCAGGAGGAAGAGGACAAUGAAUAAACUUCCUUCGGCCCAGGAAACGUCUUUGGUGCUUGGGAUACCAAGAAACCAAGAAAUGAUCACAUCAAAGCAUUUUGAUGGACUAUUUAUUAAAGUGCAUACAAACUCAGCAAUCCUUCUGUAGACCAGAAACUGCAACACACAACGAUGAGGAAUAAAGCAAAAAGGGGGUCCACCCGUCGAAUUCUGAGAUCCAGGAGUCAGAAGAGAAAGGAUUUCUUUGUGACUCAAAGAAGCCUCUGGAUUUGGACCAGUCCACAAUUGAUCCGAAAAGACAAAGACAUUAUAAGCAAAUCUACAUAUUUGCUGAGGGCAGACCUUUGACCAGCCUUGGUGGGUGAUGAGGACAGACACUGAGGAUAAGUCCAUUAGUGAGCUGUAGGGCCCAGGCUGUUGCCAUCUGUGUGGCACCGGGUAUUUCUCUGCUCUGGCUUCCCACCCCUUGCUCGUGGCAUCCAAGGUGUUGGAUUGGCACCAUUUUCUCCAGCAGCCAUACAACGAAUGGUGUUCCUCUCUGUGGUUGCCCCAAAGAGGCAGUUAUGAUAAUAUUUCUCUUACAUUUGAUUAUUUUUAAUUGGGAGCAAUUAAUGAUUGCAAUGUAUACAAUCCAUAUUUUUAAGACAAUAUAUCUUCAUGUUGCAGAUGCAAUCUCUUCUACACUAGGAGGUUGAGGAAUGUGGGGUGAGAAAGCCAAACCAAAUGGAUUAUUUUAGCUUUAGGAUCUUGUCCGCUUAUACUCUUGACUGAUGUGUAGUUUAGAAGAACACAUUUUCACAAUUACGUUUCUUCACGUGAAAACUAUAUUUAGUGGGCAACGACUAUUUUUAUGAUGGGAUAGGGGAAUAUAAACAUGAAUAAAACCUGUACACAUUGAACAGCUUGGUUCAAGAUGGUAGGGGUAUUUUUAGAUGGCAAUAAUUGGGGGAAAAAAAAAGGUCAAACUCUGCCUUAGAGAGGUAGAUGGCAAGAAAUAAAAGUGUUUAUAACUAUUUUGUAUUAUAAAGUGAGCCUUAGAGGUAGUAGGAAGAAGGAAGGGAUGUUUCGGGUCAAUAAAAAGGAAACAUUAAAGUCAAUGAAGGUGGGGGGAGAACGAGGGAGGAGGGAGAGGGAGAAGAAGGACGUGAAAGAGAUUAUUUUUUGGCUGAAUGCUUUUCAGGAUGCUAAAGAGAAAAAUGUAGAAUAGAAAUUUUAAGUGCAGGCUUGGAAUCAACUACAAAUCCUAAAGAUGGUGUGUGUGUGUGUACACCUUUGUGUGUUUAUGUAACGAGUGUAUGUUCACGGGUGUAUGUGUGUGUGUGUGUGUUAAAUUUCGAUUGCUCACGACACCUGGGUGUACAGUUAUUUCCUCCAAAGAUGUUAGCCAGCAUCAGGAGUGAGUGAGAAUUUCUUUUUUAUGAAAAGGGAUAUAAAGGCACCGAGCUGAUGCAGUAUUUGUAAUAUUAAAUUGACCUAACAUGGUAUUUGCAUGAAUCACAAUUGCAGAGUUUUGAGUAGUUUUGUAAUUUGACAUUUAGGAAUGUAUCCUAUUUAUUCUCAUGCUUUGGAUUCAUGCUUAGUAUACACUAGAGGAUGCUAGCUUUACUCUUUUCUGUCAUUUAAAGCAAUAUGAUAAGGGCAUUCAGUAAUUGGGUGCCCUAAAUUUCUGGAUGAGAAAAUAACUAACCAGCCUUCGUUAUUUUUCCUUUGUUUUAAAACCAUUUUUUAAAAGCAAUAAUUAAAUUAGAUCUCAUUAAAAUUCUUUUUUUUUUGUUUUCAUAUUGUUAUGUCAUAAGCUCUGAUAUGUUAUUCUCAUAAGUAGCAAUUCCACAAAACCCAUAUGUAGUGUUACACACAUUAUCUUUGCUUUUUUUUUUUAAUCUUUGCUAGUGUUGACUUUGAGGAAAAGUUUAUUCACAAAUGGUGGGCAUAAAGUAAAAAGAUGGAACUGGCCAAUAAUCCCUAAAGAUCCUUUCAAAGUGCCUCCGGUACCUGUCGUAUGCACCCACAUUCUGCAGAUUGUAGCCGACCUUGCAUGUGGGCAUUUGGCAGUUGGGAUGGUUCAUUCUCCUGAAUGUUCAGCCAAGUGCUAAUCAUUGGGGAACACUGAACAAAUAAGACCCCUGAUAGAGGAGUUCAUUUUAUAGUGGCAGAGGCCGGCAUGGAGCCAGGUAUUCCCAGGAAGGUGACCUCCAUGUUAGAGCAGAAGUCCUGCCCCAUUGGAAUGGGAGCGCCCAGGAAGGAGGACCGCCGUUUGUCUGAGGAUUUCUGGGCUGAGGACCGAAUGGGAGGGGCGUUCUCUAAGGAGACCCAUCAGAGGAGCAGAGGUGGCAGCAGCACCUGUGGCCCCAAGCGCAGUGGCAGUCAGGAUGGUGGCCAGUAGGCUACAUUUAUGGGUUGCUCAGGAAAUACACUGUGCUUCCUGCUUUGGGACAGACAUGGAACUCUUAGAGAGCACAGGCAUGCUGUUGACUAACUCCCCCCAUUUUUCACAAGCGGGAACCAUUUUCACCACUUACCUUAAGCUUUUGUUCUGUCUGGAAGGGGAUCUUGUACCCAGGGGACAGCUGCCAUGGAGAAGAGCUGGCAGCUGGGAGGAACGUUAGGAAGCCACCCAGUUCAUGGGAUCACUUUCAAGGCCACCUUGAUUGAACAAGAGGCACUGAUUGCUCUAGAGCCAGGAUCCCUUGGGCCACACUCCACGAAUAGAUGAGGAAAUAAAUGUGAUUUCUGUGACUCUUUCUCCCAGUCACGGACCUGUUUUUACUGUGUCCCCUACAUCUCCAACCUUUACUAGUUCUCCCAAAUUGCCUUCCGGAUGACUGCUAUUUCCUUGCUCUACUCACUGACAAUCCCAUUACAUUCCUAUUAAAAAUGUAAAUUACAGUUCCCCUGGGUAGAGCCAGGUUUUCUCUGUGCUCUUGUUUUUUUUAUUCAUUCAAGAAACAUUCCCCCUCACUGCCACCCCAUGCUUGCGCCAUGGACACAGCACUGUGCUUUGGGAUCCCACAUGAACCCCUGUAGCUUCCUGAAGAUGGAACAGACCCCUGGAGAAAAGUCAUUCCUGCCUAAUCCACCAGGAGAAAGAGGCUCAGGAAGCUCUCUGCCUCUAAGGCUCGGCCUCACCCUUCAAUAGCGCACAAGCUUGUUAAUGUCAACUAGAACAAAUGUUGAGAUUUUGCAAACUGUUAGAGCCUUCCCGGAAGUAUUCCUUGCUGCAGUGUUUAUGGAUGUUCAGUUUCUUCCAGAGCCGAUUAACCACUGACACGCCUUGGUUCUCUCAUCCAGAAAUUAUGGAAACAGGGUCUGUCAGUGACAGAGGUUGGUUGAGUUCUACUUGGAUGACAAUGCAAUUACCCAUGCAUGCUGCCCACCCUAGGCGAUGACAUAGAAGCAGUAUCUAUAUCAGUGUCCACACACACACACACACACACACACACACACACACACACACUCAUAACAAGAAACACUAAAGCAGUGUUGACUCUUGUCGCUGAAGACAAACAUUUUUUUUUCAAAUGAAGAAUGGAUUUAAUUAAACUAUGUAUUGGGAAAAAAAAAUAGCCUAAGUAUUAGAGAAGGUGACUAUAUCCAGUUUUAGUUACAGAAUCAAUUUCCUGAAUUUUUAGCAUUCAGUGAGCUGCCAAUUUUGAUUGUGUUGCUCUUUAUCCAGAUGACAUUUUCUUUUUUUAUUGGAGGAGGGGAAAAAAAAAGCAGCAAUACUGUGUUUGAAAAUUAUACUCUGUAUCUGGCUUUCCUGUGUAUGUUAACCACUUCGAUGUUAUUCUCCUGCUUCGGUUUUAUAGUGAUUGUGAGGCAUUCAAUGCAAGUAUACAGUUAUUUUCUCAUUAAAAACCCGAUGUGUGUUGUGUUUUUAUAAAA